GUGCAUUUACUGACUAACUUCAGGCCGAGCGCAUGGCCCAAACCGCAGGCGCCGCUGAUUUCCAGGUCGCAGACGAAUACACUUCUCCCAAGACGAUCGAGCGCUGGACGUAUAUCUUUGGCCACUCACGCAUGGACACCGUCAAGCUGAUCACAGCACAGCGCGAAUAUGGGCUGAGCCAACUUUCCACUGAAUGCAACUCAAGUUCUCUCUGACAAUCUACUAGUAACCCGCUCCCGCAUCAGCGACGCGCACUGUGUCCUUAUCAAAGACGCCGAAGAAACAGCCAGCUGCGACC